CACUUCACAAAUUAAUGACCAUGAGCUCGUUUUUGAUAAACUCCAACUACAUCGAGCCCAAGUUCCCUCCCUUCGAGGAGUUCGCACCGCACGGCGGCCCGGGCGGAGGGGACGGCGGCGCGGGCGGGGGUCCCGGCUUCCCGCGGCCGCAGACCACCCCGCACCUGCCGGCCCCGAACCUACGCGCUGCCCGCCAGCCCCCCGCCUACUACGCGCCACGGGCGCGCGAGUCCAGCUACCCCGGGGGCCUGUACCCCGCGCCCGCCGCCGCCUGCCCCUACGCCUGCCGCGGCACCAGCCCUGCGCGACCCGAGCAGUCCCCGGUCCCUGGCGCGCACCCCAGCCCGGCCCCGCAGCCCCCUGCGCCCCCUCGGCACUGCGCUCCAGGCCCCGCCACCCCGGCUGUCGCGACGGGGGGCAGCGCCCCCGCGUGCCCGCUGCUGCUGGCGGACCAGGGGCCGGCGGGCCCGAAGGGCAAGGAGCCGGUGGUGUACCCCUGGAUGAAGAAGAUCCACGUGAGCGCCGUCAACCCCAGUUAUAACGGAGGCGAGCCCAAGCGCUCUCGAACCGCCUACACCAGGCAGCAGGUCUUGGAGCUGGAGAAAGAAUUCCACUUUAACCGCUACCUGACCCGGCGGCGCCGCAUCGAGAUCGCCCACACGCUCUGCUUGUCUGAGCGCCAGGUCAAGAUCUGGUUUCAAAACCGGAGAAUGAAGUGGAAGAAAGACCACAAACUUCCCAACACCAAGAUGCGAUCUUCCAACCCUACCUCGGCCCCUGCCGGCCCGCCUGGGAAAGCACAAACUCACAGCCCCCACCCCCAUCCCCACCCUCUCCCCAGUGCCUCCACACCCAUUCCCUCCUCCAUAUAACCAUCUGGGGACCGAGUCAGUUUCUGUCACUUACCUGCCCUUCUCCUUUCUUGCUCCUAUCC